AUGGGGAAGCGGCCAGAAUGGCUGUCCUAUGACGGGGGUGUGGCACAUUUGCUGAGCCACCUUCGUAACUGUCUGGGACGACCCACCAUUCCGGAGCUGACCGAGUUCCUCAACCGCUACUUCAGACAGAGUAGACGCAGAAGAUUCGAAACCAUGAAUCAAUACAUCACCAGGAAGAAUGAGAUCUACCACCGUGCUCGCCAGGCACUGUCUCGAGUACAAAGCCAUUACCAACGAGAUCGUGAACCAAGGCCGGCAUGGCAAGGAAGGCACUGGUGGCAGCCCCCCCAUCAGACUUGGUGGGAAGGCUGGCAGCCAGAGACUCCCUCAGAGGCACCUGUCAGUGAGGUUGAGCCCGGUGCUUCCGAACCAGCGGCAGCAGGAUCUGAGCCCUCAAGAGGGCAGGCUGAUGAUGAUGAUCGCUGGGAGAACUAUGGGCACCACAUGUCCUCUCACUACCAGUCAUGGCAGUGGACCUCACAGCCAAAAGCGAGCUAUGGGAGUGGGAGCACCUAUGAUCCCAGCGAGGAUGAGCCUUGGAAGCUCCACACCGAUGAGCUCCUUCCUGAAUUUCUUCAGGGAUGGUACAUGUUGAUCGAUGCGGGUUUGGACAGCACCUCCCGCAACAUGGUCCAGACUGCCCUCAAAGAGGACUACCGAGUGCACCGGGUGUCGCAAGAACUACGACAACAGUGGCCUGAUGAUGACCUGAAGAAGUUUGACCAGCAGAACAAGGGCACUGCCUAUCUCCAGGAUGAGGUGGACGCCGAGGAGGAUGAGUGGCCUGACGCUUGGGCCACAGAUGAUCUCACCGAAGAAGCUCAGGUCCUUUUUGGAGCAGCAGAAAAAGAAGCUCAGGAAACCUACGCGAUGAUCCAGCAAGGGCGCAGAACCUUGCGUGAAGCUCGAGCUCGUCAACACCAAAUGAGGUUGAAUCGUCAGUACUACAAGAACACCUUUGCCAAGGACAAGGUCUAUGGCAACCGCUCCUCUCCUUCUUCGCAGAGUGGCUCCACUGCGGCGACUUGCCUGCGUUGUGGCAAACAACACAGGACCUCAGACUGCCCUCUUGGCCGAGACAAGUCCGAGGGGCAGUCACAGGCCCAGAGUGCAGAAGAGGCACCGCUUGUAUGCUUCACAGAGGACCCUGUGGCCUGUGCAGCUCAGACGACCCAGUCCAUGAAGUCAACUCGUGAGGCCGUGAUGUCUGGCUAUGGAGUGAUUGAUGGUGGUGCAACACGCACUUUGGGCUCAGUCACCGCAAUCCAGUCCGUGAUGGACAUCAACCAGGACAAGUACGGUGACCAUGGUAUCACCGAAGUGGACGUGGCCAACAAGCCCACGUUUGGUUUUGGCAAUAGCUCUCAGAACCAGUGCAUCUCGACGGCCCAGCUGAAGAUCAAGGCCAAUGAGAAGCCAGGCACCUUACAGAUCCACGCUCUGAACCAAGGUCAAGGACCUAUCUUGAUCUCCAUCGACACCUUGCGCAAGUUGAAGGCAGUGAUUGACUUCAGCGAAGACCUGAUGGUGCUUCGCGCCAUUGAUGACUCCAAGAUGAUUCCCCUAGAACGCUCAGCUGCAGGACACCAAUUGCUGCCGCUGACUGAGGACCUCAUGAAGCAUGCAAUGCCAUGCACUCGCCAGGUUCCCAGCCUUAGGAGUUUUUGCUACGGACAUCUCCUCUCUGAUUCCCCGCCUGAGGAAGAAAGGGAGGGCAGUUUGUGUCAGGAGCUUCGUGCCGAGAUCCAGCGGUUGGGAGAGGAUCCUCCUGCGAAGUGGACCAAGGCCGAGCUGCAGCACCGCCUGUCCGAGCUCUAUGUGGAGAAGGUGAUCGCCAUGAACACCAACAGCAAGACCAAGAAGCUCCUGCAGAUGUGGUGCCAAAACACGUUGGGCAUGCCAAUCUCGGGCAACGAGACAAUCCCUCAGUUGCAGCGUGCAGCAAUGACCCGCAUCUACCAGGAGACCACUCCAGAUGCGCAGGAUCCAGUGGGUUUUGGCAAGGCAGCCUCCAUGACCUACCAGGAGAUUGCCACCGACCAGCAGUACUGCAAUUGGGUCAAGACCACAGCGGCCGAGGGCGGUUGCUCAGUUCAGCUUUCGCGCCUAGCGAAAUGGCUGGUGACCCAAGAGACUCAGCCCACACGCACCAUGGAUGUCAAGAUGAACUACCUCCAACAGGAGCCAUCGCCGGUGAAGCACAAGCCGAUGCAAUCAGUAGACAUCAAGAGCAGUGCCAGCCAGCCCAGCAGUAUGAGCGACUCCACGGUACAGAUCCUAUGUCAGUUGACCGAAGCUGUGAAGGACCUCAAGGAGGAAGUGGCGGAUCUUCGCCAAGAUCAACCUCGACGCACCCGGAAGAAGGACAGCGAGAUCAGCUUCAGCAUGGCCCACUGGAAGCUGGGAGUUUGCGAACAGGCCAUCCAGGGGGUAAAGAACCUCAUGGAUAAACUGGCUGAAGGUGACCCAAAGAUUUCACCGGAAGAGGCCCUCAGCACAGCCAUAUACACCUUCAACAACAGGGAACUGGUACGGGGAACUGACUUUGAGACCACAGUAGAGCGCAUGAAACAAGCAGAGCAAGCUCAUUCAGAAUGGAACGCUGCAGAAAGAAUCCGACGUGCCCUGCAAUCCCGUGGCAAUCGACCACAGAAUUACCAACCUGGAGAUUUGGUGUUUUACUGGAGAAAACAAGUAUCUGGAAAAUAUCACACCAGUCAACAGCAAAAGACAGGCUGCUUUUUAGGUCCAGCAAGGAUCUUAGCCACCGAGACUCACCGAGAUCCAGAUGGCAACCUACGACCUAGCAGCUCAAUCUGGGUUAUUCGUGGCCGACGGUUGAUCAAGUGUUGCCCCGAGCAACUUAGACCAGCCACACAACGUGAAGAACUUCUGGAGCACCUACAUGAAGACACCGAGAACAAAGCACCAUGGACUUUUACGAGAUUGACCGAUGGUCUUGGGGGAAAUGAGUUUGAAGAUGUCACCUCACAGGUACCUACCCUGGAAGAAUGGCACCAAGGACAAAGUGAUCCUCAGCCAUCGACUUCCUCAAGUUCAAGACCACAACACUCCAGUGGCUCCCAGAUGCCAGUGGAGAUGGAUCCACCAGAUGCGCCUAUGGCACCACCAGCAACACCCAGGAUGCGAGUCUGGGGAAAGCGCAGUGAGCAGCCAACUCCAAGCAGCACUCCUCCUCUCACCCGACAGCGAGUGGGAGCUCCCGAAGCAGGAGCAGAACUGGUCACUCAGGAGGCUUGGUACCACAUGACGACGGAGACAAGCCGCCAAGAAGCAUGUGGCAAAGAUCAGUGGCAAGACUCCACAUCCAUCGUGGAGGUGGCCAUAGACUUGCCGGAGACCAACCGCAGCCGACGGAGCUUCAUCAAUGACCUUGAGGGUUACUUUGUUGGUGCCUUAAAGAGACGUGCAGUGGAGGUCAGCAUGAAAAAUCUGACCUCAGCAGAACGAGAAGGUUUUGAACAAGCAAAGGCAGUGGAAGUGAAGAAUUUCAUUGCUGCAAAGGCUUUUGAGGCUUUGCCCCCAGAACUGCGACCUCCAGAAGGAAAAGCCAUUAAGAUGAGAUGGCUCCUUACCUGGAAAGUCAAAGAGGACGGCAGUACCAAGCCCAAGGCUCGGGCAAUUUUGCUUGGGUACCAGGAUCCAGAGUACGAGCAUCGAUCUACAACAUCACCAGUGAUGACCAAACAAACACGACAACUGAUGCUAGCAGCCACCGCUCGUUUUGGUUGGAAGGUGUGGAAAGGCGAUGUGACAGGUGCUUUCCUGCAAGGACGUACGUAUCCUGGUGAGCUCUAUUGCAUACCAUGUGAUGAGAUAUGCAGCGCAAUGGGCCUCGACAAAGGCAGCAUCACCCGUGUGAGAAAAGGCUGCUAUGGUUUGGUGGACGCCCCCAUAGAGUGGUAUCGCUCAGUGAGCGAAUAUCUGGAAACACUAGGACUGGUAAAAAGCUGGAGCGAUCCGUGCUUGUGGAUGUGGAAACCUCAAGGGAAACUGCAGGGCCUGAUAGCAGGACAUGUGGACGAUUUCCUUUUUACAGGACCACCUCACUGCCCAGCCUGGAACAAAAUUCUGGAAUCCAUCAAGAACAAGUUCAAAUGGACCGACUGGGAGACCAAGUCUUUUACCCAGUGUGGAGUUUUGGUGGAGGAGCAGCCGGAUGGGUCCUUUCACCUGUCUCAGAAACAGUAUGUGGAGAAGAUACCAGAGAUUUUCCUGAAUGCCACACGGAAAAAGCAGAGCAAUGAGGCCACCACUGACCGAGAAAAAGGGCAACUACGGGCCACACUAGGCGCACUGAGCUGGUAUGCCCAGCAGACGGCACCACAUGUGUCAGCUGAAGUAGGCCCUUUGGGGAUUGAACGAUCUCUGUCCAUACUGGGCUGCAAAGCCGAUGAGCUCACCUUUGUAGUACCACAGUUUGAGGCUGCCACUGAAUGCAUGUUUUUCGUAGCUGGCUGCGGUGGUGGCGCAGUGAAAAAGUCAAAUGGCGAUCAACGCUGCCUGGAAUUUGCAUCACAGAGAUGGAAAACAAAGCUAUGA